CGAUCUUUGACAUUUCUUCACCAAACCAGUAGUAACCACACAACCAACACCGGUAUUAUACAAAUUAAUAACAAAAACAAUGCUGCAACUUAUCUUAUUCCUCUCCUUCGUCUCAGUCAUCAGCUUCUUCUUCUUCUGCACUACUUCCCAUCCUCGAACCAGAACUCCGUCUCCAGAAUCAUACCCUUUAAUCGGAAACCUCCCUGGUUUCCUCCGCAACCGCCACCGCUUCCAUGACUGGGUUACAGACAUGCUCGUCAACACCCCAUCAUCGACACUCCAAGUCAACUCUUUCCUCAACAUCUCCCGCGGCAUCUGCACUGCAAAUCCUGUCAACGUAGAGCACCUUCUGGUCACCAACUUCUCCAACUAUGUCAAGGGCUCUCGCUUCCUCAACGUUCUUUAUGAGCUUCUUGGCCAUGGUAUCUUCAACGUUGAUGGUCAUCUCUGGAUAAUGCAACGCAAGAUUGCUAGUCAUGAAUUCAACACCAAGUCUCUGAAACAUUUCAUAUCAGAUGUGGUCAAAUCCGAGAUGAGCAGAACCCUGAUGCCAUACUUAGUCAAGGCUUGUGAAGAUGAUGCAGUCUUUGAUCUUCAACAGGUGUUAGGAAAGUUUACAUUUACUACCAUAUGUGAAGUUGCAUUUGGUGUGGAUCCUGAAUCAUCAAUGCCCAAUUUGCCUUUUGCUAAAGCUUUUGAUGAUGCUGUAGCAAUCUGCUUCUUUUCUAGAUUUUUGUCUCCAUUUCCACCAGUAUGGAAGCUCAAAAGAUUGCUCAAUCUUGGAUCAGAGAAACGACUAAAAGAAGCCAUUGGAACUAUCGAUAAGUUUGUUCUCGAGAUCAUCAAAUCAAAGAAUCAAGAAAAAGACAGUGAUAAGAGUCAAGAUCUGUUAUCAAGAUUCAUGUUCUUGAGUUCCGAUUAUGAAUUUCAAGAUCAGGAACAAAAGACCAAGUUCUUGAGAGAUAUAGUUAUAAGCUUUGUUCUUGCCGGCAAGGACACAACAUCAACUGCCUUAGCAUGGUUUUUCUGGUUGCUCGUGGGAAACCCUCGUUGUGGACGCUUGAUUUAUGAAGAACUAACUGAAGUGGCUCCGCCGGAAGCGGUGUCCAAAUCAAGAAUGAGAAUAUUUAGCUAUGACGAUUUGAAAAAGCUUCAUUACUUGCACGCAGCUCUAUCAGAAACAAUGAGGCUGUUUCCACCUGUGGCCAUCAACUCAAGAUUAACGGUGGACGAUGAUGUUUUGCCAGACGGGACACGUGUAGGGAAAGGGUGGUUUGCUGAUUAUUCAGCUUAUGCAAUGGGCAGGAUGGAGAAGGUGUGGGGCCAAGAUUGUAGGGAGUUUAAGCCUGAGAGGUGGUUGGAUAAAGAUGGAAAGUUUCAACCGUCUGAUCAAUUUAGAUUCCCCGUUUUCCAUUGUGGGCCCAGGACUUGUUUGGGGAAAGAGUUGGCUUAUAUACAGAUGAAGGCUAUUGCUGCUGCUGUGAUGUAUGAGUUUGAGAUAUUGGCUAUUGAUGGAGGUGCCAAUGCAGAGAGGAUGAUGAACCCGCCUUACAUCGUAACAUUGCUUCUUAAAAUGAGAGGUGGCUUCUCUGUUAGGCUAAAGAGGAGAGAAAGAGAGGGCCCCGGUAGCAAAUUAGUAUAGUUAACAAAUAAAUCAUAUUUAAAAUUUAGUAUCGUAGUUUUUAUUUAUUUUAAAAUUAGUAAAUAUAUUUUGAUAUUAAUUUUAAUUUUUGCAUUCAAUCAAAUUAUCAAUAAAUAAUAUGAU